UCUGCGCUGUACGCACUACGCAGAUGCUGCACCGAGAACAUGUGGAGUGGUAACCAUGUGCUAGCCCGUAUCGUGUUAUAAUAUUCGAAAGAAAAAAAAAAUACUUGUGUUAAUAGAUUUUUCAUUGCGAAUUCAAAAUUGUGACAAUGGCGUCGAAAGUUUUGGACUGUUUUUCUAUGCUUUUGAAAGACAAUGCCUCGCAGAGGAUCGAAGGAGCUGCCAAAUUAACGUUGUAUUAUACGAGGACGAAGAAGGAAAAUGAAGAUAAUAAAGAAGCGAAUCAUGUGCUGACAAGACUGGUUAGAGGUCUUGGGACAUCCAAAGUUUCAUCUAGAAAAGGAUUUUAUGUUGCUUUUCAUAGAAUUUUAUCAAAUGACCCAACGAUAACCAUAGAUCAUAUAUUCAGUAUUAUGAAUACUGAAUUGAAGAGUAGCAAAAGUAACAGCAAAAGCGAGGUUGCAGACAUUAACAAUGGGCGCAUUUUAGCUUGUGGAGCUAUCAUACGCUCUGGUUUAAUUAAAAACAGUUCAUUAGAAGACCAGACAAAAGUAAUAGAAUGUUUGAUACAUUCAGGAAAACAGAGAAGCUAUUUAGGUUUUGAAUCUACAUCAUUUAUCAUAGAAUUUCUUAAUCUAUUUGAUGACAAGGACUCUUUAAAACCGAUAUGGUCUGUGAUAGAACCAGAAAUUUGUAAACCAAUUUCUGAACAAACAUUAGAUACAUUUUAUGUUAUAUUAGUAAUUUUAGAUAAGUUUCCCAAAAUCAUCUCAAAGAAAACCCUUAAAGCCCAAUUUGGGAAUGAGAAUAUAAUUAGUGAAGAGUCUAUGAAAGAUAUAAUCAGAAUUCUUACUGAUAUACCAAGAGUAAUAUGCUACAAACAUCCAAUAUAUAAAAUCUUUGCACAAAAAUUAGUGGAAGCUAAUCUUGUUGAAUGUUUUUGGCUUGGAAUUGAUCAGGCAUUUACAAAGCCAUCGCACACAGUUCAGACUGUGGGAACAGAAUUGUUUAAUUUGAUAUUGGCAAAUUUGAAAGAUAAAGCAUUAAUUUCAGUACUGAUUAGCCCCAAUUUUUUCAAAUAUAUGUUGAAACGAUUUUCAUAUGAUCCUAAACACAAGAAAGAUGAUGUUGCGAUGAAUUUCAAAAAAGCAUUAACAGAAUUAGUGACUCUUUUAGAUAAAGAUGUUAAAACUAAAAUACAAAUCAAUGUGCUGAAAAAACUAAUCAUCAAUCCUGGAGAUAUUAUGAUUGAAAAAGUUACUGGAACAAAAAUUAUUCAAACAUUGACUAAUAAUCUGAAUGCUGAUGGGGUUAAAAAAGUCGCUUCUUUAUAUAGAGACAUAGCAAACAAUACCAAAUUUAAAGAGAAAGAUGAGAGUGAGAGCUGGAGUAAUUGUGCCAGAAUUCAAGUUGUACAAAUGCUUAGUGUGAAAUUACUUGGCCACAAAGCAGUACAGCAAGAAAAAGAAUGGAGAGUAGAACAGCUCAAGUAUCUUUUUGAAAUAGGUCUAUGUGAAUCUUCAAAUAUUGGUGUUGAUCUCCAAUCACAUUUCAAAGAAAGUUUCUACCGGGCCCUAGAUAAUAAACUACCAAAACUCGACGAUUUACGAGAAGUCCUCGCAUCUUUGAUCAAUUUCAUAGACGAAUCUGUCUUUAAAUCGAGCGAACUGAAAUUACGUCAAGCACUGGAUGAAACUGCAACCGCGUCGUGGUCGAAAAUGCUGAAACUCUUGAAAAAACUCAAUAAAAUUCAUGACCAAACGAGCGUCGUGUUCCACACGAUGAUCAUGCACAUGGGUCUGCAGCUAUUUUCCGAUCCAGAAUUAGCGGUUACGUCGAUCGACGACUUGCAAAGUUGCUACGAGCACGUGAAAAAUUCCAGAAAACGGAACAACGACGACGAGCCCGAAUGGGUCGAGGUCGUGAUCGAUCUCAUCCUGUCGCUCCUGUCGCACAAGAGUCAUCUGCUGCGAUCGCUGGUCAGCUGCGUGUUCCCGCACAUCUGUCCUCACCUGAACGCCCAAGCCAUGUCGCAGAUUCUCAAAGUUCUCGACGUCAAGAAGAAGAAUCCCCUGAAGAGCAAUCCAGAAUCCGAUUCGGAAUCCGAAUCGAUGGACGAGGACGAGGACGAGGACGACGACGACGACGAUGACGAAGACGACGAUAACAACGACGGCAAGAAAACAAACGGAGUCGCGACCAACGGAGAUGCCUCGAAGGAGAGCGAAGAGGAGGACGAGGAGGACGAGGAAGACAGCGAUUCCGACGAUGACGACGACGACGAUGACGACGACGAUGAGGACGACGAAACGCUGACGGACCGCGUGAGAAUGGCCGUGCAAUCGGCCCUCGGCAGCGCGGCCAAUCCCGAGGACGAUGGCGAGGAGGACCUGGACGUCGACUGCAUCGACGAGGCGGAGGGCGAGCGACUGAACGACCAGCUCGCCGCGGCCUUCCGCAUACUCAAGGAGAACCGCAAGAGCCGCUCGAAGAAGCAGCAGAAGGACGCCCAGGCGCUGACGCACUUCCGCACGCGGGUCCUCGACCUGCUGGAGAUGUGCUUCGAGAGCGAGCCGAGCAUGUCGCUGGCCCUGGCCACGCUGGUGCCGCUGUUCGCUCUGCUCCAGUUCUCCAUACAGGACGCCCAUCAGAGGCCGCUGGAGAUGCGCGUGCGGGGCUGCCUCAAGAAGCUCGCGGCCUGCAAGAAGUUCAAGGAGUGCGACGUCACGGGCGAGAUGCUCACCGCGAUUCUCAAGGCGCUCAUCGAGAAAGGCGAGAAAUCGACCCUGAUCUGCCAGGAGAUGAGCGACAAGCUCGCCGAGUGCUGCGUCUUUCUGGUACGCUGCUCGCAACAGAUCACCGGCUGCACCGACUCCUUCUGCACGAUAUUCUGCGACAGUCUCAGGGCCUUCUUCACGCAGCGCAGCUGCGCCCUGUCCUCGAUCCUCUUCAAGAGCCUGCUGCAGCUCUGCUGGGUCGGCAACUGGAGGCUCGCCCCGCUGCUGGUCGAUUACGCCUUCGACCCGACUCUGAGGAAGUACCGUCGCGGUCAGGCCCUGGAGCUGCUCAAGGUCUUCUUCAACAAUCACAGACUGUUGAAACUCGAAGAGUUCGCGGAGGAGCGCGCGGCGCUCGAGAAGAAGCUCGCCGAGAAGAUAGCCAAGUUGAAUGAAGAAAAUGUGGAUCUGUCCAAGAACGCCAAGGCAGCGUUGAAAGUAUUGGCUUCGCGCGUCGACGCUACCCUUGUCUUGAAGAGGCAGGCACCUCCGGUGGAUCAAGCCGAAGCACCAGAAAGCAAGAAGAAGAGGACGAAAGAAGAUUAAAAAAGAGAGACAAACAUCUUUUAUAAUUGUAAUUAAAAAUAAUUUUUAAUCUAAGUAACUUUAUUAUGAUUAGGUGUUUCAAUGAGUUGAAUGUAUGUAUCUAUGUUGAUUUAACAUAAUUGAACUAAAAAUUUUCCUACUGUUAAUGGAAUUAUUUGAGUAUAUGUAGCAAAAUGUAAAGAUUUAAAAUAAUUUGACACCUUUGUAGUUAACUCCUUUUGUAGUUAAGUGUAUGAAAAUUGCUAAUUUACUCAAAGAAACACUUUAUUGAUAUACUAGUUAAAU